AUGGGAAGAAAGAAAGGAUUUUCAUCUGCUAUAUUGCCUCUCCUUGUGCCAUUAGUCCUUUUCAUUUUCUGCAGGAAAUCUUCGGCCCAAUAUUCGACUUUAAAUUGCACAAAAUAUAGACGAGUUAGUAGCUUGAGACUUGCUAGGAUUCAGAAGCAUUUGGACAAGAUUAACAAGCCUCCUGUCUUCACCAUUCAAAGCCCAGAUGGAGAUAUCAUUGACUGUGUUCAUAAAAGAAAACAACCAGCUUUGGAUCAUCCUCUUCUCAAGAAUCACAAGAUCCAGCGAGUACGUCCAGAAAUGCCAAAGAUGAUAAAGACAGAUGCAGUGAGAGAGAGGAAUAGUAGUGAGAGAUUGAGAGGCGGAAUUGCUUGGCAAAUGUGGCAUCAAAAAGGGCAGCGAUGUCCAAAAGGUACUGUACCGAUUAGGCGAAGCACAGUGCAUGAUGUUCUUAGAGCUAAAUCUUUGUAUAAUUUUGGGAAGAAACAAGGCAAAAUACCACUUGCCAGAAGGAUCGAUGCACCUGAUUUCCAGACUGGCAAUGGCCAUGAGCAUGCGAUAGCAUACACGGAAUCGUCACAAGGGAUUUACGGGGCAAAAGCAACAAUCAACGUAUGGAAUCCAUCGGUUGAAGUAGUGAACGAGUUUAGCCUCUCCCAAAUAUGGGUUCUAUCUGGAUCAUUUGAUGGGCCAGACCUUAACAGUAUUGAAGCUGGUUGGCAGGUUAGUCCUGAGCUCUAUGGUGACAGCAGGUCAAGAUUAUUUACCUAUUGGACGAGCGAUGCCUAUCAAGCAACGGGAUGCUACAAUCUUCUAUGUUCAGGAUUCGUGCAAACAAACAGUCGCAUAGCCAUUGGAGCAGCCUUUAAUCCGGUGUCAUUGCUAAACGGAAAUCAAUUCGACAUGGCCAUCCUCAUAUGGAAGGAUCCGAAGUUGGGAAAUUGGUGGAUGGGUUUCGGCGGCAAUACUUUAGUGGGCUACUGGCCCACUGAGCUAUUCACACACUUAGCGGAUCAGGCCACGAUGAUCGAGUGGGGAGGAGAAGUCUUGAAUUCUCGGCCCAAUAGUGAGCACACUUCAACCCAAAUGGGCUCGGGCCACUUUCCCGAAGAUGGGUUUGGUAAAGCUAGCUAUGUUCGGAACCUCGAGAUUGUGGACUCGGAUAACAGCCUGAGAUCGGCCCAAGACAAUAGUUGGAACCGACUUUUAUAUUUUUGCUACAAUAUCAAGAGUUCCUAUAACAAUGAAUGGGGAACACAUUUUUUCUAUGGUGGGCCUGGGAAAAGCCCAAAGUGUCCAUAA